UUAUCACCACAUUUAUCACAUAGGCUUUGUGAGUUGUGGCGUGAACUGGCGUGAUACACGAGCUCAUGAUCUCAUUUUGAUCUCAUAUCCUCUGUGUUUGGGUGUAGUCGACUCGCAGAGAGACCCGUGAAAGGUGUGGCUUAUAGUGGACGGACGCUUUAGCAAAGAACUGAAACCCACCCACAACAGCAGGAAUGUCUUCUGUAUGGGAUGAUUUGGAUCUUCUCCUGGACUCCCCCUCCUCUUUGACUGUAAAUUCAACAGUACAUGGCACCAUUAAGGAGAAGCCGGGCUUUAAUCCAGGCGAGGAUGCUGCCGCUUUAAGGAAAGCUAUUGAAGGCAUUGGCACUACUGAAAAGACUCUUAUUGACAUUCUGACUCAAAGAAGCAAUGCCCAGCGCCAGCUGAUCUGUAAAGCGUAUCAGGACGCCACUGGGAGGACUCUUUGUGAUGACUUGGAAGGUGAUACACGUGGAGAUCUUGAGGGUAUUUUGGUGGCCCUGAUCACUCCUCCUGCUAAGUUUGACUGCCAAGAGUUCAUAGGGGCUAUAAAAGUACACAAUGCAUUUUCUGAUGAUUUGGAUCUUCUCCUGGACUCCCCCUCCUCUUUGACUGUAAAUUCAACAGUACAUGGCACCAUUAAGGAGAAGCCGGGCUUUAAUCCAGGCGAGGAUGCUGCCGCUUUAAGGAAAGCUAUUGAAGGCAUUGGCACUACUGAAAAGACUCUUAUUGACAUUCUGACUCAAAGAAGCAAUGCCCAGCGCCAGCUGAUCUGUAAAGCGUAUCAGGACGCCACUGGGAGGACUCUUUGUGAUGACUUGGAAGGUGAUACACGUGGAGAUCUUGAGGGUAUUUUGGUGGCCCUGAUCACUCCUCCUGCUAAGUUUGACUGCCAAGAGUUCAUAGGGGCUAUAAAAUUUGGUUACCAACAUUCUUCUUCUAUUUUUCCCACUGUGCAGAUCUUGUACGAGGCAGGAGAGAAAAAGUGGGGAACAGACGAGAGCAAGUUUAUCGACAUCCUCUGCCACAGGAGCGUUCCUCAGCUCAGACAAACUCUGGUUGAGUAUAAGAGUCUGAGUGGAAAGACCCUUCAGGAAAGCAUUGAACGAGAGAUGUCUGGAAGACUGGAGGAUAUUCUGGUGGCUAUAGUGAAAUGUGUGAAGAGCGUCCCAGCAUACCUUGCGGAGCGUCUGUAUAAAAGCAUGAAGGGUGCUGGUACCACUGAAUCUACCUUAACUAGAAUCAUAGUGGGCCGUUCAGAGGUCGACCUGCAGGACAUCAAGGCAGAAUAUAAGAAGCUCUUUGGCACUUCUUUAUACUCUGACAUUGAGUCUGAAACAUCAGGGGAUUUUCGUCAAACCCUGCUGAAGAUCUGUGGUGAAGAUGGAAAAUGAAUGUGUCAAAGAAGAAUACAUCACCGCUGAAGUGUUAUAAUGUGAAAGAAUGUCCAAAUAUAACUUUAUUACAAUUAAAAUGCUAUCAAUAAAUCAGAAGAGCUUUAUGAAAUGUAUUCUUGAACUAACUCGUUUGUUUAUAAUCAUAGAUAAUUAACACGUAUACUUGGUUUCAUAGUAACCUUAAUAUAACAAAAUAUUUUUAGUAUCAGAAACUGCAUUUUAAUUUGGCAAUUUUUUACACACUAUGUCUACAUAAUGAAUGAAUAGCUGACAGUUACUGAAGAAUAAACUUCUUUUUUUCUAUGAAAUUUUGAGAUUUGAGAUAGUCUUCAAUGUGUUGUUCUGUCCCUGAUCCAGCAGGUGGAAGUGAAGUACAUGUAUUUGGUACCAAAGUGUCAACGAUUAAAAUCUUUUGGGAUUUCAGUGGGACAAGCAUUUAAGAGACUGCUCAUUUUGCCUUGUCACGCACUCAUAAGUACAUAUAAAAACAGAAUUAGGAUGACAUUUGGUCAUAAUUCAGCUGCUGAAAUUAGACUUUCAUCCUCAUUUGGAGAUUAUUACUAUCUAAUCCCCCAAAACAAAGCAGAUUGUCAUGAGAAAGUGAUGUUUGCAGAUGCUGCUAAAGCCAACAAAAGAUUCUUAACUCCUUUCACCAGUAAAGAAACCACUGAUGAGAAUUGAAACUGGUUUUAAUUUGCUCUGGAGCAUCUGUGAGGUCAACGGCAGAUUGUGAAAUGAUUUGAGGCCCAGAAGUAUGAUUUUGUGGGAAAGUCAUUCUCAUGAGAUAUUGCUUGCAAUCAGUGCUAAUAGGCCU